AAGGGAAAAUUUUUUUUUUUACAAAAACAAACACCCCCCUCCAGAUGUUAAAAAAGUACAUUAAAUUCUUGCACCCCAAAAGAAAGAAGUAACCCCACUUUGCCACUCUCAGGACGAGGAGUGCCUGAGUGUGAAUUUCAGCAAAGUGGUGCGCCUUGUCAUUUUAGCAGGAUUUGCACUUUUUUCCAAACACACACACACGCCAGUGCGGUCUGCAGCUAAAUUCUACUUGUUAAGGAAGCCACGAGGUUGUGGGUUGCUUUGCGGUGCCCAGAACAAUAGAGCCAGGCUGCGUGUUUAUUUAAUCUAUAAUCCUUUUUAUUCUCUCCAUCAUCGGAAAAAGGAUUAUAUCCAGUGGCCGACUGUCUGCCCGAAGGAAAGAAAAACAAAAAUUAAGCAGAAACAGCAAAAUGAGGGUUGAAAAUAAGCCAGAACUGGAGGAAUUAAUCCCAUCAAAGCAUUCCUGGCCUGGAGAGGCUGCAGAAUGCUCCGCCCUCCUCUUGGUCAGGUGACCCCAGCUUCAUUCCUUGGGGGGGGGGAACCUCCUGGACACCCCUAUCGUGUCUUCUGGGGAUUGACCCAAAAUCAACCAGCCGGCUUUCGUGCCUGAGACAGAACUAGAACUCACAGCCUCCCGGGGAUUGGCCCAAAGUCACCCAGCUGGCUUUCGUGCCUAAGGUGGGAUUAGAACUCACCGUCUCCUGGAGAUUGGCCCAAAGUCACCUAGCCGCCUUUACUGUCUAAGACAGAACUAGAACUCCCUGUCUCCUGGUGAUUGGCCCAAAGCUACUCAGCUGGAUUUCGUGCCUGAGGUGGAACUAGAAUCCCCGACAACUCAUGUAGCCAUGGGAAUUCUCCCUGCGGCGGUCGUUAAGUCGAGGACUGCCCCUUCUCAGGCUUGCCCAUCGUUCUGAAGUGUCUAGUCCGAUGCUGGCUCGAUCCGUCUACUUCUCGUAGGUCUUUUGCACGCUCAUGCAGCCAGCCUUCGGAGGGCUUGUGUCGCAAGCUCCCAUCGAACCAACAUGGCUUGCCCUCGCCUCCCCAGGGAUGGGGAGGCGGGGGGCAGCCAGGCCUGCCUUCCCCACCCGGUCCUCUCCCUAACCCACCCGCCCGUCCUCCGUCUGUCUGUCUAGUCUUGGGCUGGAGAUUCUUUUCAUGACGGACGGACGGUAAAAUCCGUCCGAGGUCCGUAGGAGGAAGAGAGAAAAAGGGUCUUUUGUCCAGACAAGAGUUGGAGAACAUUGCUGGAUUUCUCUUCGCCAGCCCGACUCAGUUCCCAGAAACACCGGCUUUGCAGGGGCUGAAUGGGCUUCUUGUCCCCCCCCCCCAAAACCAGCUCUUUUGGGGGGGGUUCAGUUUGGGGGGUGACCCACCUAAGGAGUUGCCAAGAAAGCCGCUUCUGACGAUCGCGAAGGAGGAAAGGAACUCGGGGUAACUCCGGAGCCUCUUUUCCUGCUGUUCCGAGAUGUUUCUCUACUGGAAAAAGAGGGGGGCCUAUGAACUGGAGGUGCUGCCCCCCGAUUUGAUGGACCUGGAGGCGAGCAUGGCGGGGCGCUUCUCCUGGACUUCCACGCUCAACAUUGCCCAGGAUCUGGAGGAUGAGCCAGCCGUAGCAGAGGAGACCGUCCCCCUGUGCCAAAAUCCCAGCUGUGCUGAGAACAGGAGAGCUGUCAAGGUCUGUCACCACGCCAAAUGUGAACAAGUCAAUCACCACAGCCCCCUGCACUUGUGCGAGGCGUGCGACGGGCAGAUCCACGGGGCGAUGCACUUUGACCGACAUAUUCGCUUCGACCUUCCACCUCCAGGGUCUAUCCUGGCGCGCAACGUCUCCACCCGGUCCUGCCCGCCACGCACGAGCCCGGCCUCUGAUGUGGAAGAGGAGGCCGAACCGCUGAUCGAUGGGAAAGGAGAAAAACGAAAUUUAGCUCGAAAGCCCAAGAAAGGAACAAGGAGACAUACGGACGAUCCUAGCAGGGAAUAUUUCACUCUGAAAUUUGAUUUGAACGUGGACGUUGAAACGGAGAUCGCCCCAGCCAUGAAGAAGAAAUCUUUAGGGGAGGUCCUGCUUCCGGUCUUUGAGCGGAAAGGCAUCGAUCUGUCAAAAGUGGACAUUUAUCUGGACCAGUCAAACACCCCGCUGUCACUCAACUUUGAAGCCUAUCGCUUCGGAGGGCAUUACCUGCGCGUGAAAGCCAAACCGGGAAACGAUCUGAAGGUCGAAGAGGCGGUGAAGGACAGCAAAUCCUUGAGUUUGCCUAUCCUGCGCCCGGCGGGCAUCAGCCCCUCUUUCCUCGCCACCCCAUCUUUGGAUCGACUGGAGCAAAUUUCCCUUCGCCGGGAGAGUACUGAUGCCGUACAGGGACCUGGACGGCAAAGGAAGAACAUGAAUGAAUUUCUGGGCGAUGUGAGGAUCCAAAAUCCGGACCUUUUGCCCCCGGCGGUCUCUUCCCCAGUCCCCAACGGGCCGGACACGCGGAAGAACCGAGGGGCCAGCCGCUUCAGCGGCUUCUUCGGGUCCGGCAACAGCGGCAGCUCGUUUUCCAGGGAGCUGGACAAGAUGGAGCAGCUGGAGAGCAAGCUGCAGUCCUUCGGCCUCUUCGGCCUGCCCCGCCUGCCCAACCAGCUGCGCUUCGACCAGGAUUCCUGGGAGGAUGGAGAACAGGAGCAGGAGGAGGAGGAGGAGGAGCAGGGCGGCCUCCGGAUGGAGGAGAGCUGGCAGCAGAUCAUCCCAGGGACCGAGACUUUGACGCGACGCCAGUGCCACCAGCAGGAAGCCAUUUGGGAGCUGCUCCACACCGAAGCCUCCUACAUCAAGAGACUGAAAGUCAUCACGGAUCUCUUCCUCUGCUGUCUUCUAAAUUUGCAGGAUUCGGGUCUCUUGUGCGAGGUGGACGCCGAGAGGGUCUUCAGCAACAUCCAAGAGAUUGUCCGGGUCCAUCGCAAACUCUGGAGGACCGUCAUGGCCCCCAUUUUGGAGAAGGCCCGGAGGAGCCGAAACUUGCUGGACCCCACCGAUUUGUCCGAAGGCUUUAUGAUGUUCGGCUCCCACUUCCAGCCGUACGUCCGUUACUGUAUGGAAGAGGAAGCUUGCAUGGAAUACAUGCGCAAUUUGCUGCGACAAAACGAACUCUUCCGGCUUUACGUGACGUGGGCCGAGAAACACAAGCAGUGCAACCGGCUCAAGCUGAGCGACAUGCUGGUGAAGCCGCACCAGCGCCUGACCAAGUACCCUCUGCUCCUGAAGUCCAUCCUGAAGAAGACCGAGGACCCCAAGGACCGAGAAGCCAUCAUCGGCAUGAUCAACGCGGUGGAAUUGUUCAUCAACCACGUCAACUCGCGCAUGCGGCAGCACCAGGAGCAGCAGCGCCUGGCGACCACCGUGAACCGCAUCGAGGCCUACGAGGUGGUGGAAGGCAGCACCGACGAAGUAGACAAGAUCCUGAAGGAGUUUCAGCGCCUGGAUCUGAUGGCCCCGAUCCCCGGGACGUCCCGGGAGGAGACGCGGCGGCUGCUGCUGGAGGGCGCCCUGAAGAUGAGGGAAGGCCGAGACAGCAAGAUGGACGUCUACUGCUUCCUCUUCACCGACCUCUUCCUCAUCACCAAGCCGGCCAAGAAGGGUGAGCGCACCCGGGUUGUCCGCCAGCCCCUCCUGAUCGACAAGGUGGUGUGUCGGGCGCUCAGGGAUCCAGGGUCUUUCCUGCUGAUCUACCUGAACGAGUUUCGCAGCGCCGUGUGUGCCUACACGUUUCAGACCAGCGGGCAGUCGCUCUGCCGGAGCUGGGUCGAGGCUGUCUGUAACGCUCAGAAUAAGCUGCAGCAGCUGCGUCUUCAAGAGUUCCAACGCAAGCAGCAGCUUCCCCAGGUCGAGGAAGCCAAGGCGGAAGAGGAAGAGGAGGAGGAAGAAGACAACAGGGACUCUUCGGAAGCCAGCUCCCCUCCCACCCUCCGGAAAAGCACCAGCAGCCUGGAUUCCCAGCAGCGCCUCUCCAACAGCUCCACUGAGACCAUCUCCAUGAUCGCGGCUGAGACCGGCGAGGGAUACCUUUCCCCUUCCUUCGACGGGAGCCAGUUCCUCCCCCCAGCGGAGGAAUUGAGCAUCAGCCCCCUCCCCAAUUCCGCCACAUGCUCCUUAGAGACAGGAGAUCCACUCACUGACACCUCCAGACCCUUGUCGAAACCGGAACCCAGCCCCUGCAGCUGCUCAUCGUUCGACAGCGCCUAUGGGACUCUCUCACUUGGCUCGCUACACGAACUGGUGGAGCCGUCGCUGCCGCAGGGUGGUACGGUGGCUGCUGAGGAGGAAGAGGAGGAUGUCACCAAGCCUGGCUCCCCCAAGUUGCGUCGGCAAAUCCCCGUCCAGCUCCUGCCUGCCAAGACCAAGGUGCUGAAAUCCAAAUCCGAAGCCAAUCUCGUGCAGGUUCUAUCGCCCUCACUGUUUCUCGUCCAGAGUCAAAGUUUGUCCGAACUUUCUCCUGCGGUAAUGCUGUCCGGGGGUCCUCCAACGCAGGAGCCCCAAGGCCAGCCUCUGUGCAGGGUCUUUAGCAGCAGCAGCAAUAACAGCAGCGCUUCCGAGUUCUCCGAAGCGGAGGAGACGUCCUUGCUGGGAAUCUGCAUCUCUUCGGAGCUGGCAGCUGCUGUCCCGAACGGACCCCCAUCACCGUGCUGGCUGGACGAGAAGAAUCUGAGCGAGGAGCUGUCGGCGGAGCAACAGGCUUUUUUGGACCCACCGGCGAUUCAGCACCGGAAGUUGACUUUGGGCCAGCUGUAUCGCCUCCACACAACACUGCUGCUCAACUCCACGCUUACAGCCUCGGAGGUAUGAGAAGCGUCAGAAGAAGAGAACCGAGCGCGAGACAGAGUCCCACCCCUCCGUGGGCAUCAGGACCACUCAGCCGCCCCGAGGGGGUGGGCACAAGGACAGGGCACAGCAUCCCAACCGGGUGCCAAUUCUGUGUAUGUGCGUGCACCCGAUCGAUGUGUUUGUGGCGGCUGUGUGCACCCUUGGCCCGAGGACAUGAGAGACCAAGGGAA